UGAAGUGGUAGCUGGACAAAUAAGGAACUGGGACAGGAAUGAAUAUAAACCUCCAGCAUUGAACAAUUCCAAGCAAAGAGCUGUGUCUGAUUGGUGCCACUUAUCUGUGACCUUUAGCUUGUAUUUUUGGUAUGAAUGGUAGACUGAAAGUUUCCAUCAUCAUCACAACAUUUGAACUUGUUCAGUGGAGUGAAUUUUGCAUCAGAAUAUUAUUUUUAAUGAAUUGCUGUACUACACUGCCCAGGAACAGGAUGUGGCUAUUGAUUGUUGUGAUGUGCCUGGUCCAAGGACUUGCUCAUUCAAAAGAAUCAAUGAGAACAAAAAGAGCUGUGGAUCCAGAGGCAUUUAUGAACAUUAAUGAACUUAUUGCACACAAAGGCUAUCCCAGUGAGGAAUAUAAAGUGGUGACACAAGAUGGCUAUAUACUUAGCAUUAAUAGAAUACCAUUUGGUAUUAAGAAUCAGGGGAAUUCAGUUUUGAAACCAGUGGUAUUUCUCCAGCAUGGCUUACUGGGUGAUGGAAGCAACUGGGUUAUGAACCUGCCUCACAACAGUCUGGGCUUCAUCCUGGCAGAUGCUGGCUAUGAUGUUUGGCUUGGAAAUAGCAGGGGAAACACUUGGUCCAGAAGUCACCAAAAUCUGUCCAUAGAUCAAGAUGAAUUUUGGGCUUUCAGUUUUGAUGAGAUGGCUAAGUACGACCUUCCAGCUGUACUCAACUUCAUACUGCAGAAAACUGGACAACAGCAGCUAUAUUAUGUCGGCUAUUCACAGGGUGCUGCAAUAGCAUUCAUAGCCUUUUCAACAAUGCCAGAGUUAGCUCAAAAGAUCAAAAUGUUUUUUGCCCUAGCACCUGUGACUAGACUUAAAUAUGCCAAAAGUCCAGCUAUAAAACUUCUUAAUCUUCCAGAAAGACUCCUCAGGGCUAUGCUUGGCAAAAAAGAAUUCCUUCCUCAGAAUCGAUUAUUCAAAAAUAUGCUUACUAACUUCUGUGGCCGGCGACUUUUUACUAGCGUUUGUGGAAAUGUCUUCUUCCUUCUCAAUGGAUAUAAUACAGAAAAUAUAAAUAUAAGCCGAGUAAAUGUGUACGUGUCUCAUUUACCAGCUGGAGCAUCUGCUCAGAAUAUAUUACAUUGGAGCCAGGUUUUCCAUUGUAGACUAUUCAAAGGGUUUGACUGGGGUGAUGAGCACAAGAAUAAGGAAAAGCACAACCAGUUUAUCCCUCCUGUAUAUAAAGUGGAAGAUAUGACUGUGCCAACAGCAGUAUGGUCUGGAGGAAAAGACCUACUCUCCGAUCCAAAAGAUGUUGCUAUACUUCUCCUUCAUCUUAGAAAUCUUGUUUUCCAUAAAGCAAUUCCAGAAUGGGGUCAUCUUGAUUUCAUCUGGGGACUGAAUGCACCUCAGCAAAUGUACAACGAAAUGAUUGCUCUGAUGAGGCAGCAUGCAUAAAUCUACUAAUGCAGAAAUAUGCCAGCAUUUUUCACACCAGCCAAAACUUCUACAAUAUAUUUUUUAAAAAACUUGUAGCCCACUGCUCUGUAUCUUUCUUCAGAUUGCAUGCCCAAUGAGAUUUGUCGGACUUACUGUCAAUAAAGGAUCUUUAUUGUUAUUACACAUUCCUUUAUGAUAUCUUCUGAACUAUGUUUCAAAGUCCAACAUAGUGAAAUUUUGUAAUAGGAUAGUAAAUCUUGAAUUGUUUCCUUUGGGAUCAUUGCAAACAAAUAUGCUAAUUAUGUCUCUAUUUCUGCAAACCAGGUUAGUUAUUAACAUGGUUCUAAGUUAUACUAAGUCUACUACUAUGAAAUUCAAACAGGUUUGGAAAUGGUUGAAGAUUUCAGAAUUUCUCUUACAGCUCUAGACCAAUCUGAUCAUUGUGUGCAUGAGUAGGCCAAUCAGUAUUUUGUAGGACUGAAAUAUCAAUAUGGAAAUGUUAAAAACUAUAGUGGCCCCAUGGUGGGGUUUGGUUCCAGGACCCUACCCGCCCCCCACCCCGAUACCAAAAUCCAUGGAUGUUCAAGCCCCAUUAAAUACAAUGGGGCAGUAAAAUGGUGUCCCUUAUAAAAAAUGGCAACAUCAAGGUUUGCUUUUUGGAAUUUAUAUAUUUUUAUUAUAUUUGCAAGCUGUGGAUGCUUGAAUCUGUGGAUUGAAAGUCCAUACAUAUGUAGGGCUGGCUGUAUGCAGAAAUCCAAAGCCAUUCUUUAUUGCCACACUUUCCAGUAGUUUUUGUCACCUGAGCUCUUACAGCACUUCACAGAUCAAAGAUAGACCAUUUCUCUUAACAUAUGUUUAGUAGCAUAUGGUGGCAUAACUAGGAUUGUUGUCACCUCAGUGCAAUAAACUCAUGUUGUCACACCUAGGCAGGGGCAGCCACUCUGGGGAGACAACAUGGAGAUUGUGGGGUAUGUGUGUGUGAGGAAUGGAUGGUUGUAUGAGUGAGAAGUGGCACUAGAAGACUGAACAAAAUGGAGAUUCGCAAUGCAUGAUAUGGGAGUUACCUAGCAAGCGAAGCGAGGAUUUUUGAACCUACUGGUGAGGUGAUGGCGCAUCUAUGAAAACCAAGAUGUAGCUGCCAAGUGUUAUCUAUAAGGAAAGGACAUUCCAUCCAAGGGUUGGUACGAACUGCAAGAAGUUACAGAAUGUUUGGACAUGGACUGAUAAGAGGAGAAACAUAGAGAACUCAUCAACCAAAGAAAUUUCUGUCCGAGGGCCAAAGGGCGGUGGACAUUGGAAGUAGAGAAGCAGAAAGCCUUAAAAGAGAGAGCUUUCCAAACCAGAGGUGUGCUCCUGGAUCCACGGCAACAGGGCUCCCACGCCUUCAUAAAGAUGCCUGAUCAAUGGCUUCAGUGAAGUGCCAUCUGUGUUUGUGAGUAUUGUAUGAAUGGUGUGUGUGAGAGCUCUCUUGGUACUUGUAUUUGUUUAUGUCUGUGUAUUCCAAUAAAUAUUACAUGCAUAGUGU